UCCACAGCGAGAAGUGAUGCAGCGCGACUGAGACGCGCAGUUGAGGUGGAACAACGGGCAACCCAAAAGCUGCAGUGAACGGAUACUCUCCGACGAUUUUGUUUUUUGCGCCUUUUGGCACGAAAAUCUGGAAGAAAACUUAACAAUCAGGUGCCGGUUGCCGCCCCAUGUGAGUCUGAGGAGCCCCUUCCUGCUUCAGUAGAUUACAGCAUGAGAGCCGAUCCGAUUCUCUGACCAGAGAGACGACAGACGGCUGUGGUUGGAGGCGGCGGUCGGCGCUCGGCGGAGGCGGUCGGUCGGUGGAGGUGCGGCAGCCAUGGAUGGGAGGAGAGUGUGCGUCCUGAUGGUGCUGUGGGCCAUGACCCACCUCAGCUGCCCGGGGCUCGGCCUCAGGGCCCUGCGAAGGACUACAGGGGGGCGGAGGGCGGGACUGACGGGGCAGGACGCCAACGGGGUGCCGCUCAGACGCUCGAAACGAGGUUGGAUGUGGAACCAGUUCUUUUUGUUGGAGGAGUACACCGGGACGGACAUGCAGUACGUCGGAAAGCUUCACUCGGAUUCGGACCGAGGAGACGGCAGCGUGAAGUACGUCCUCACCGGGGACGGAGCCGGGACGCUCUUCAAGAUAGACGAGAAGUCGGGGGACAUUCACGCCACCAAGAGGCUGGACCGCGAGGAGAAGGCCUACUACAUCCUCCACGCCAAAGCCGUCAACCGCUUCACCAACGAGGCGCUGGAGGGCGAGUCCGAGUUCAUCAUCAAGAUCCACGACAUCAACGACAACGAGCCGCGCUUCACCAAGGACCCCUACAUGGCCCGAGUCCCUGAGAUGUCCGACAUCGGCACUUCGGUAAUUCAGGUGACAGCCACGGACGCCGACGACGCCACGUACGGGAACAGCGCCAGGGUGGUGUACAGCAUCCUGGAGGGGCAGCCCUACUUCUCCGUGGACCCAGAAACCGGCCUGAUCAAGACGGCGCUGGGAAGCAUGGACCGAGAAGUGAAAGAGAACUACCAGGUCGUGAUCCAGGCCAAAGACAUGGCCGGCCAGAUGGGCGGCCUCUCGGGAACCACCACGGUCAGCAUCACGCUGUCGGACGUCAACGACAACCCGCCGCGCUUCACCAAAACUCUCUACGAGUUCAGAGUGCCCGAGUCCAACGAGGUGGGGUCGGCGGUGGGAGUGAUCCGGGCCAUGGACGCCGACAUCGGCCAGAAUGCGGAGAUGGACUACAGGAUCAUCGGCAGCGACGGCCCCGGGAUGUUUGACAUCAUGACCAACAAGAGCACGCAGGACGGCAUCAUUGUCCUGAGGAAGCCUCUGGACUUCGAGCGCAAGCGUCAGUACAGCCUCCGAGUCCAGGUGGAGAACGUCCACAUCAACCCGCGCUUCUACUCCAUGGGCCCCUUCAGGGACGAGGCCACCAUCAAGAUCGUGGUGGAGGACGUGGACGAGCCGCCGGUGUUCGAGCACGGCAGCUACGUGAUGAAGGCCAAAGAGGACGCCGCCAGGAACACCGUCAUCGGCUCGGUCAGCGCCUCGGACCCCGACGACAAAAACAGCCUCGUCAGGUACUCUAUUGAUCGACGCACGGACAUGGACAGGGUGUUCAACGUCCAUGCAGGCAACGGGUCAGUGUUCAUCCUCAGGGAGCUGGACCGCGAGGAGAACGCCUGGCACAACAUCUCCGUCAUCGCCACCGAGUUCAACAACCCACGACAGAUCAGCCGGGUGCCCGUGUACAUCAGCGUGCUGGACGUCAACGACAACGCUCCAACAUUUGCCACCAAUUACGAGACGUUUGUGUGCGAGAACGCGAAGGCUAAUCAGAGGAUACAAACCAUCAGCGCCACGGAUCCCGACGAGCCGCUCGUAGGACAUCGCUUCUACUUCAGUCUUGCACAGGACGCUGCAGGAAAAGCAAACUUCUCUGUCCGUGACAACAAAGACAACACGGCCUGGAUCCUGACACGCAGGAACAGCUACAACAGCCUCCAGAAGAGCAUCUACCACGUCCCCGUGGUCAUAUCCGACGGAGAGUUCCCCAUGCAGAGCAGCACCAACACGCUCACCAUCAGAGUUUGCACCUGCGACCGCGAAGGCAACAUGAAGCUGUGCAACGCCGAGGCGCUGACGGCGAGGGCGGGGCUCAGCACCGGAGCCCUGGUGGCCAUCUUGCUUUGCGUCAUCAUCCUGCUCGUGAUCGUGGUGCUGUUUGCUGCCCUGAGGAGGCAGAGGAAGAAGGAGCCUCUGAUCAUCUCCAAAGAGGACGUCAGGGACAACGUCGUCAGCUACAACGACGAGGGCGGCGGCGAGGAGGACACCCAGGCCUUCGACAUCGGCACGCUGCGCAACCCGGAGGCCAUCGAGGAGAGCAAGCAGCGGCGGGACAUCGUUCCCGAGACCUUCUACCCUCCGGUCCGACGGCCAGUUCUGCCCCCGACCCGGGACAAUAACGGGGACGUGAGGGACUUCAUCAACCAGAGGCUCCAGGACAACGACAGCGACCCGACGGCGCCGCCUUACGACUCCCUGGCCACGUACGCCUACGAGGGCAACGGCUCGGUGGCGGAGUCCCUCAGCUCCCUCGAGUCGGUGACUACCGAGGGCGACCAGGACUACAACUACCUGAGCGAGUGGGGGCCGCGGUUUAAGAAACUGGCGGACAUGUACGGGGGCGACGACAGCGACAGGGAUUCCUAACGAGAGCCUCGGCACACAGACAGGGAAGUAACGUAGAAGACUUUCGGGCAGUUCUGGUGCAUGUGCGGCGAUUUCAAGGACAGACAAAAGAGCUGGGUUUCGUCCAAGCGCUCUUUCGCCGCCUUCGAUCACCACUCAUCGUCCCUCCGGUGACCAGACGUAGGCUUUGUGUGUCCAGUCCGUGUUAGUUGCGUUUUUGCGAGGGCACAGUAAAAAGAGACUUUGUGUCGAGACUUUUUUUUGUGUGUGUAUAUGGGGUGUACACGAGGCCCAAAUAUAUCUAUACCGAUAUUUUUUUGUUUUUGGUUUCUUUUGGUUCGUUUUCUUCCAAAGCUGCCUGUGACGGACACGCUCAGCAAGCAGUUUUGUAAACCAACAGAUAUGCCUAUGUAUUUUUCAGUGUUUCUGGGACAAAAACAUGCUGCAUAUUGUGAGUUCUAUCUUAGCUUGUGUAUGUACGGUAAUAUGAUACGAUACGCUGUACAGUUGUUUUGUUUUUCUAGGGAUUUCUAUCUUCCAAACGAUCCCCCCUUUUCAGCGACGGCUGCCUCACGUUAACCACCGUUGAGUUCGAGCCACGGGAAAAAUCUCGUUACCGGAUCGGAUGGGAGAGGAGCGAAAAGUGGCGAAUGUUCUUUUGAAGCCGCGGUUAGAGGAUUGUGGGAUUUGUGGCUACAACAGACGCACCACUUUGUCAUUUUUACAGUAUCUGAUUUUCAUCUCCGCACAGCUUCGAGCGUCCGCUGUGAGUCGAGCUGAAAUACCAAAUAUUUCCUUGUUGAGCUGAAUGUCGUCAGAGCAGUUUUUCUUGAAAAGUGAAGUACACAGCAGUAUUAUUUUCUACGCUACAAUAAAGAUUCCAGGCUCAGUUCGAGGACAACACUGAUCUCAUUGGCCUUUUUUUUUUUUUGCUUACAAACGUCGGAGGAUCCGUGACGCCGCUGAGCUUGAAACUACAGCAUCACAUUAGAUUAAACAUGUCGUGGAUAGUUGCCGUUAAAAUUCAUUAUGCGGUUUUUAUUUUCUUCCCCCUUAAACAGAUCAUUUUAUCUGUUCCAGCGAUGAAGGAAAAACAGGAUUUAAACGAGUGUAACAAGCGGCAGAAACAACGAACACUUCGAUUAACAUCCAGACGUGUCCAAUCCGAUUCUGUCCGUCUGCAAAGCUUCCAACCUUCAUGUGACGAAGUUCAGCAAAUGAAUAAAGAGAGUUGCCUUAAAUGACAAAAUAAUCUAAUCUACACAACGACAAACGGCCUACAGACUAGAUGUUCUGGAUUUUUUUCCCCCACCCCUCAAGGUAAUAAAGUAUAACUGUACUACAUGACCUUCCUUACUUUGAAGUUCUUACUUUUGGGAUAAAAUCAGGGUGUCGAUUGCGUUUUUCCGAUUCUGCUUAUCGAUUCCGGUUCUUAACAGCUCUCACCACAACAGUGAAAUCUUCCUUUUACAUUGAUUAUUAUAGUAAAACAGUAACAGGAGGCGUUUUUCCUGCAUCGACUACUGUUAUUACCACUGUGUGUUUUCUUGAUUUUAGUCACAAACUUUUACUUCGGGAACAUUUUUAACGUACGUCUAUUAUAGGGUGGUAUUGGUACGUCCAUCUUCCAGGGAAACAAACGCUUAAAAAACACAGUAAUUGCAUUCAUUCGUGUAAUUUUUAACAACGAAGGUUUUGCACAGCCACAACUCAUGAGCCACUAAAACCAAUAACGUAACGUUCAUCUGCAGAAUACGUGCAUGUAAGGAAACGUAGUCCUCCAAAAGAAAGUAGUAUAACAACAACUAAAGGAGUAUAAUCAAGGGCGGUAAUGUCAACUAGAGGGUUUGUUAUGAAGAAAAGUUUGGCUCUAAGGGCAUUAAAGUUACUGUAACGCCGAACAGUUACUGGAAGUCUCUAUGUUGUGUUUACAGAAGAGAAAUAAAGAGUCUCUCUUCGUGUAAUGUUCUUCCCAGCAGAGUUAUCUGAAGCGCUAUUUACCGAAGAUAAAUGUCAGCAGCAGAAACACAGCUAGAUAAAGUAACGACGGUGGUUUCUUGUCUGUUUUUUUGAAGACUGCGAUACUGUAAUCGUCCUCGUAAAGGGUUUGUUUAAAGUAGGGGCUGCAAAUAACGAUUUUUUUCUCAAUUAAUUGAUGUCGUUGGGUCAGAAAAUGGUGAAAAGUCGUCGUUUGCAGGAGCCCAAGAUGGCAAAUGUCUUGUUUUGGUUCCACAACCAAGCAAGAUAUUUGGUUUACUGACUUGGUUUUUUAUAAAAAUGCCUUCACUCAAUCCAACUAAUGAUCAAAGUUGACAACUGAUCAAGUAGCUCUACUUUUAUUGGCCACCAGCUUUCGUGAAUAUACGAAACUAUAUGUAACAAAAUCAGCGUGGCUUCCUCACAACAGCUCAUGUGUUGCUGUAAUCAAACCACACUUACAGGGUGGAUCUAUAGGGUCUAUUAAGGAACCUGGAAGCUGAGAAUUUAACCUUUUUUGUGAAGGUGAACCGAGAAUAACUUGACCGAUAAGCAGAAUCGAAAAUUAAAACUUCUCAAUGGGGACUUUUGUCGACGCCCAACCCGACGUAAAUCUACCCUCGUUUGAUUUACAUCCCGAGAAGGGCUCCGUCCGUCUUUCCCGCACAGUGGAAUGUAAAAUAAUGUACCAUAGCAGCUCAAACGUGCCAAAAAAACAAAAAGAAGAAGCGCCAGUAUUCUCCGUUACAGUCAUUACUGUAGCCCCUCACAUGUACCGUACUGGUCCAAACGCUCGGGCCUCAGCCGGCUGAUUUCCUCUGGGACAAACAGCCUUUUCCAUAAAGAUGCUUAUCGAGGGGGCACCUGACCUUUGAGCGAAGUGGAAUUAGGUUCUCAGACCCAGAAGGUUUCGUCCUCGGCUCGGCGAAGAAGGUCAGAGCGUCGUCCUGCAGCGAAAACACGAAUCUGAGGAGCGGGCUCGGAAAACAAAAGAGGACGCGAAAACGAUUCUUUAAACAUUAUCAAAUUACUUUUGGACCUCCAAUAAACAGCUUGGAAAGGCAAAAAUAAAUAAAUAAAAAAUCAAACAAGCCGUGGCCUCACUUUAGCAAAAGGCCAGACUGUGAGGAGGCUGACAUUUAUCAGACAUUUCAAGCAGUAAUAGCCAAACACAAUGACAUAAUUGCCACGUUUUAUUUUUUCUUCCUUUCUUUCCAUCAGCCCAAUAAACAAGCCAAUUGAUAAGACAGAGAAUUCUUUACGCUCGUGUACAUGUGUUCCCCUUGUUUUGUUUAUUAGCCUGUUGCCGGAGCUCCCAUUGUGUAAAGUGGCCGUUUUCAGACUGCGGCGGCGGCGGCGGCGGCGGCGCUAUGAUAAGCAUUUAAUGGGUUUAAAAACCCUUCAGUCUAAAAGGAAACCGCUUCGCCGCCUCGAGGUGCGACGUGAGGUCUCAAAUGGAAAUCGACAUGACAGCGGCACUCACCGAAAGCAGCUCCUUCUCUCCGGUCGUCACCGUUUUCCCGUCUUCACGCGGGGUGUCAGCGUAUCGCCAUUACCGAGGCGCGCUUGUGUUUUCCUAUGGAGAGCGGAACUGCCUCCCAGCGUUGGCGCCAUGCUCGGCUGAGAGCAAAACAGGUUUUUGUUUUUUCUUUCUUUUUGAGGCAACUAGAUGGUGACACUGAUGUCCCCUCUUCCUCCCUCCUCCCCUCCCCUCCACCACCUUUAUUCUCCGGGUACAAUAGAUCUGUGGUUGUUGGUGUGUAGACUCGGUCGGGCCUCCGAGGCCUCGACUCCGCUACGCUAUAUUAUGUUGGUGACAAAUGUGGUCGAGCAGUUGAGUUUUUGUCGAUGUAGAAACAAACUUCUGAGAGGUCGUGGUAGUGUAACGGGGGCCAUCCAUCGAUCUGCUUUGUAAACCGUGAUAUUUUGUACUGAAUAUUUAUAUGACACAAUUAAACAUCUUUAAAAAUC